AUGGCUAGCGAGCUAAGAGGCUGUGUGGUGGAUAGGUCUACGAGCGUGCUGAACGGAAGCGCAUCUCACGGACGAGAGGAUGAUGUUGACUGGGCGCGUGCUCCCAGGCGGCAGGCCCCCUCCCCCGUCCCCCUGCGCGUUCUUUCCGCCUCUCUCCCCUCGGGGCGCUGCGCCCUCUCCGUCCUCCGCCACCCCUCCCCCGCGCCCCUCCCCCCCACGGAGUCCGCGGCCCAGCGCAGCGCCCUGCAGCAGCGCACGGCGCGCGUGCAGAGGAGAAGACGGCUAGCCGGCAGGAUGCAGGAGGCGCUGCCGUUCCACCGUCAGUUCUGCCUGAAGCCGUUUGAGCUGCCGCGGGGAGUGCCGACCCUGCCUCUGGAGAUGUGCCGUGGGGAUCACAUUAUCACCAUUGUCACCACUGCCUCUCUGCCAUGGCUCACUGGCACGAGCAUCAACCCGUUGAUGCGAGCGGCGUAUCUGAGCCGUCUAUACGCCAUGCGCGUGCUCCUCCUCGUGCCCUGGAUCCCCCCUGCUGAGCAGCGGGUCGUACACCCCGCGCACGUGUUUGACACGCGCCAGCAGCAGGAGGGCUUUGUGAGGGAGUGGAUAGAGAAUCGCCUGGGGUUCGCGCCCGUGUUCCGGAUUGCGUUCUAUGACGCGUGGUAUGACCCGCGCAAGGGCAGCAUCUUCCCCCUUGACAGGUCAGACGUGACAGAGUGUGUACCAGACGAGGAGCUGGACGUGGCAGUACUGGAGGAGCCCGAACACCUCUGCUGGUACCACAUGGUGGGCCCGAAGUGGCGCACGCGCUUCCCCCUAUCCCUCGGCAUAGCGCACACCAACUACACCGAGUACAUCAAGCGCGACCUGCUCUAUGGAGGGCCGCGCACAGCCGCCUUCCUGCUGGUGUACUCGUGGCUCGUGGCGCGCGCUAAUUGUCACCGGGUGAUAAGGCUGUCGGGCGCCGUGCAGCCGUUCAGUGAUUCAAUCGUGUGCAACGUGCAUGGGGUAUCCCCUCAGUUUUUGGACGAGUCGCAUGUGACGCCACCGCAUGCCACAGGCGUGUACUUUGUGGGCAAGGUGCUUUGGGGCAAGGGCUACCAGGAGCUCUGUGACUUGAUGCGGCACCACUGCAACAAGCACGGCCGCCCCACACAACCCGCCGCUCUGCCGCCUGCCUCUGCUGCUGCACUUAAGGCGUCUCAAAAGCCCCUCCCUGCUGCUGCUGCUGCUGCUGCUGCUGCUGCUGCUGCUGCUGCUGCUGGUUCUGGUCCGGCAUGUGCCAGCACACCCAUGAACGGACACGUGAACACACACUCUGAGACACACUCACAUGCACAGACGAAUGGUCACGUGCAUGUGAGGACAGGUGGAUGUGCAUGCGAUGAUGAUGCACCCAAGCUGCGUAAUGGGUGCUACCACGAGGAGAAGGAGGAGGAGGAGAGUGGGGAGCAGGUGGCAAGAGGGCAGGAAGGGGGGGAUGGAGAGCGGUUCUGGGUGCAUGCAUAUGGCGAUGGGUUUGAGGAGGGGCAAGUGAAGGCCUUUGCUGCCAAGCACGAGCUGCCCAUAGUUUUCCAUGGGAGGAAGGAUCACGCAGACCCAGAGCUCCGCAACUUCAAGGUGUUUGUGAACCCGAGUGUGAGCGACGUGCUGUGCACCACAACAGCAGAAGCGGCAGCCAUGGGGAAGAUUCUCGUGCUGUGCCGCCACCCGUCUAAUGAGUUCUUCAUCCAGAAUAUCCCUGACAACUGUGUCACCUACGACCCCAACGACCCAGAUGACUUCUCAGCAGCGAUGGCGAGGGCACUGGCGCACCCCCCCCGCCCACUCACACCGGAGGAGAAGAGAAUAUUCACCUGGCAGGCCGCAACAGAGCGAUUCAUGCAGGUGGCAGGCCUUGCUGGUGCUGCUCUCUAG